AAACAGAGCACGAGUUGGGGAGGGGUAGAGAGAGAGAGAGGGAGACACAGAAUCCAAAGCGGGCUCCAGGCUCUGAGCUGUCAGGACAGAGCCCGAUAUAGGGCUCGAACCCAUAAACUGUGAGAUCAUGACCUGAGCUGAAGUCGGACACUCAACCAGCUGAGCCACCCAGGCGCCCCUGGUUUCUUUAUAUGCUGGUAAAUAUCCCUUUCCUGUAGGAUUUCCAAAUGGGGCAACAAACCCAUCACAGAGAACAGAAAUUUAGGAUUCUGCUCUACUGAAUUUUGUGACAAAUUUGCAGACUCAGUAUUGUUACUGUCCCUGAGGCUUCAUGUGGGCUCAGAUCUGGACCUGUAGAUCUGUAAGUUUCUUCCGCAUGGACUCCAUCAGCAGAUUACACACAAUCACAGGACAACCUUUUCCAGCCACUCACAGAUUUGUGUGUGUGUGUGUGUGUGUGUGUGUGUGUGUGUGUGAGGCAUUUUCAAAAAUGACAGACACUACACAGGUUGUACGCACAGAGGUCAGUGGAAUUCGUGACUGAACACACCUCUGUACACAACACCUAGAUCAAGAAAAGAAUGCUGUAGUUCUUCAGAAACCCUCUUGCGCCACCUGUCACUACCUCCAAGAAUACAAUUCUUUUGCAUGGAUUUAUGGGAGUGGAAUCUUAGGACAUAGGUUUAUGUCUGCUCUAACAUUUAAGAGAGUAGUUCACUUUGCCUGUUUUGUACUUUAUGGCAUGAUCUCUUUCAUAUUGUCAUUUUUUUCCCCAUUCUAUCUGAUGUUGUGAAUUUAUCUGUAUUGCUGUAUAUUACUCCCUCCAUUCAUGGUAUAGGACACCAUUGUGUAAAUAUGAGUCAGUUAAUUGAUUCAUUCUGUUAAUGAGCUGGUGGGUAGUUUUUAGUUUGGGGCUGUUAUGAGUAACGAGUAGUGCUGGCAUAUAAACCCUGUGAUUGGUCUUUCUGAUGAUAAAUGCACAGAUUUCUGUUGAACGCAUUUGCAGGAGUAGAAUUGUUGGGACACAGGGUUGUAUUUGGACAGCUAAAGUGGAUACCGCAUCGUUUUCCAAAUGUGUGUACCAGUUUUAACACCUGCCAGCAGUAUCUGAGAUUCUUCAUUAAUCUAUAUCUUUGCCAGAGCCUCAUUAUUUCUAUCCUUUCCAGUUUAUAUUUUUCAGUGCUGUUUGGCAUUAUAUUUAGGUAGUGGUUACAUUUUGAUUUUCCUGUUUACUAAGGAUAUUAAACACUUCUACACACGGGGUGCCUGGGUGGCUCAGUUGGUUGAGCAUCUGACUUCGGCUCAGGUCGUGAUCUCACGGCUUGUGAGUUUGAGCCCUGUGUUGGGCUCUGUGCUGACAGCUCAGAGCCUGGAGCCUGCCUUGGAUUCUGUGUCUCCUUCUCUCUCUCUCUGCCCUUCCCCUGCACGUUCUCUCUCUCUCUCUCUCAAAAAUGAGUAAACAUUUAAAAAUCUUUAAAUACUUUUACAUAUGUAUUAUCCACUGAAUAACUUCUUUUUAAAAUUUCUGUUGGAAUGCUUUGCCUAUUGUUUAUUUUGUUGUGUGGUUUGUAGUAGUUCUUUGUGCUGGUUACAGGUUAUAUCUGAGUGUGUGUGUGUGUGUGUGUGUGUGUGUGUGUGUGUGUGUGUGUGUUUUGAUGAGAACUACCCUUAAUUUUGUCAUUUCACCCAUAUGAUUAAUGUGUUCUGUGCUAUUUAAGAAAUAUCUUCUUUAAAGUAAGUAUUUUCUUAUUCUAAGACCAUAGAAAUCUCUUGUUUGGUUUUCUAAAAAAAAAAAAAAGUACACUAUUUUACUUUAAAAUUUAGAUGAGCAAUCCAUUGAGAGUUUAUCUGUUUUAUGACAUGGGGAGUAAUUGAGGGUCCCUCCAUCCUCAGGUACAGCUAGUGAAUUUUAGCUUUUUCUGAAAAUGUUGUAUUUGCAUUCAUUCCCUUUGCUGUCACUUCUCAUUGCUUCCCCCAGGCUAACCACGUCAUCUUUCGUGCUGACUUUUCAGUGAAAUAUACCAGACAUCUAUUAUCCCCAUCUCAUGAAGUCUUGGCAAUCAAACAGAAGCACAUAAUGAAAGUCACUUUUGGUGUCAGAAAUCUUCAGUGAGCCUUUUUGCUCAGAAGAAUGAUUGUUGCCAUAAUUUAAAAGUAAGGGUGUUGAAUGACAGAAUGUCCUACGGGGAUUUGAUAGUAGGAAUAAUCUUCUUGUCACAGACCAUAGUUGGAAUUGUGGAAAAUUUCUCUCUUCUUUACCAUUAUCUGUUCCUUUACCACACUGAAUGCAGGGUGAGGUCCACCCAUUUGAUUCUCAGGCACCUCACUAUAGCCAACUUCUUGGUCAUUCUCUCUAAAGGAGUCCCCCACACUAUGGCAUCUUUUGGGUUGAAACAUUUUUUCAAUGAGUUUGGAUGCAAACUUCUUUUCUGUGUUCAGAGGGUGGGCAGGGGAAUGUCCAUUGGCAGCACCUGCCUCUUGACUGUGUUCCAGACCAUUAUGAUCAGCCCCAUGAACUCCUGUUUGAAGGAGUUUAAAGUCAAAGCCCCAAAGUACAUUGGCUUCUCCAUUUCCCUCUGUUGGAUCCAGUUCAUGUUUGUAAAUUUAGUUUUUCCUCUGUUAUGUGUGUUUAGCAACCGGAGCAUGAAAAACUUCACAAAGAAAGGAGAUUUGGGCUACUGUCUUGCUGUAGAUCACGACACAAUCACAGUUUCCGUAUAUGCAGUGUUGAUAGUAUUUCCUGAAGCUUCCUUGUGUGGUCUCACAAUCGGGGCCAGCAGCUCCAUGGUCUUCCUCCUGCACAGACACAAGCAGCGGGUCCAGCACAUUCACAGCACUAAUGUCGCCCCCAGAUCCUCUGCUGAGUCCAGAGCCACCCAGAGCAUCCUCGUCCUCGUGAGCACCUUUGUGUCUUUCUACUUCCUCUCCUCCGUCUUUCAUGUUUGUGUUGCUCUUCUUUGUAAUCGCAGCUGGUGGCUGGUGAACACCGCUGCCAUGAUUUCUGUGUGUUUUCCAACUGUCUGCCCCUUUCUGCUUAUGGGCCGGAACUCUGCUAUAUCCAGACUCUGCUUCGCAUGGAUAACAAAUAUAACAUUUCCUAAUCUUAUCAGAAGUAUGUGAAGUGAAUGUUUUUCGCACCAUAUUUAGUUCUUGAUGCAUCACCAUCAAAAACUGAGUUCAGGAAGUAAAGGAGAAAUGCCAUGUCUUUCUACAUUACACACUAAUGUGCACUGGGCUUUUUCUUCAGCUGGUUGAACUAGGAACCUGCAUUUCUGUAGCGGAGGUGAAUAAAGCAGCUUGACCUCAUAAACUUAAUCAAAUGGUGUUUACACAAAAUUUAAUAGAUUGGGUCCUAGCUCCUGUGUCAGAUUCAUAGAGUGGUUGACCAACUGGUUUACAUGGGGAAAUGUUUUGCCUGGCCAUAUGUUUUACAUGUCCAUACUAUUGCCUUCUCCAGAAUAUCAUGUAGUUAAAACAAUGCAAUAUGUAGCCUUUGCAUUUUGGAUUCUUUCAUUUGGCAAGGUGCUUUUAAGGUUCUCCCAUGUCUUUUCCUGGCUUGAUAGUUCAUUUAUUUUUAGUGAUGAAUAAUGUGCCAUUGUCUAGAUAUAUCACAGCUUUUUUUUUUUUUUUUUUUAACCAUUCACCUACUUGACUACUUCCAAGUUUGGACAGUUAAGCAGAAGUUCUGUAAACAUUCAUGUGCCGGGUUUUACAUGGAAAUAAGUUUUCAGCUCAUUUGUAUAAAUACCAAGGAAUGUGAUUGCUAGAAUGUGAUAAGAGUAUGUUUAGUUUUGUAAGAAACCAUUAAAUGGCCUUCCAAAGUGGCUAUAAUCUUCCCACAAGCAGUGAAUAAUGGUAUUUGUUGUUAGGCAUCUUUACUAGCAUCCCCUGGUGUCAGGAUUUUGGAUUUUGGCCAUUGUAUUAGAUGUGUGGUGGUAACUCAUUGUUUUUCUUUUCAGUUGUCUAAUGACAUAAGAUGCGGAGCGUAUUUUCAUGUGCUUCAUUUUCCAUCCAGUGUAUCUUCUUUGAUGAGGGUGUUUAUUGUUGUCUUUUUCCCAUUUUUAAAUGAUGUUUUUUGCAUUCUUAUUGGGCUUUGAGAGUGUUCUUUAUGUAUUCCAAUACCAGACCUUUUAGAAAUGUGCUUUGCAAAUACUUUACCCCAGUCUGUAGCUUUUUUUCUCAUUCUCUUGACCGUGUUUUUUGCACAACACAAGUUAUUAAUUUUAACAAAAUCCAAAUUAUUAUUACCUCCGUGGAUUGUGCCUUUGGUGUUGUAUCAAAAAAGCGAUGAAACCUAGGUCCUCUAGAUUUUUUCCUGUGUCAUCUUCUAAGAAUUUUAUAGUUACACAUUUCACGUUUACAUCUAUGAUUAAUUAUGAGUUGAAUUUUGUGAAAGGAAUAAGGUUUGUGUCUAGAUGAAUUUUUUUUUGUACAUUGAUGUCCAUUUGCUCCAGCACAUCUGUUGAAAAGACUACCUUUUCUCCAUUGUAUUGCUUUUGCUUCUUUGUCAAAGAUCAGUUGACCAUAUUUGUAUGGGUCCAUUUUUGAGCUCUCCAUUAUGUUCCUUUGAUUUGUUUGUGUGUCUUGAUUACUGUAUAUUUUUUUAAAAAUUUAAUGUUUGUUUAUUUUUUGAGAGAGACAGAGCACAAGCCGGGGUAGGGGCAGAGAGACAGGGAGACACAGAAUCCAAAGCAGGCUCCAGGCUCUGAGCUGUCAACACAGAGCCGGAUGCAGGGCUCAGACUCCUAAACUGUGAGAUCAUGACCUGAGCCGAAGUUGAGCGCCUAACUGUCUGAGCCACCCAGGCGCCCCAUUGAUUACUGUAUAUUUAUAGUAAGCCUUGAAAUCAAGUAGUGUUAGUCCUCUGACUUUGUUCAGCUCCUUCAAUAUUUUGUUUCCUACUGUGUGUCUUUUGACUAUCAAUAUAAACUUUAGAAUCAAUUUGUUGAUAUUCACCAAAUAACUUGCUAUUUAGUUUGGGAUUGCAUUGAAUCUGUAAGUCAAGUUGGGAAGAAUGACACUUUGACCCUAUUGAGUCUUUCUGUCCGUGUACAUGAAAUCUCUCUCCAUUUAUUUAGUUCUUUGAUUUUGUUUAUCAGCUACCUAGCUUUCUUCCUGUAGAUCCUGUACAUACUAUGUUAGACUUAUACCUAAGUAUAACUUCCUUUUCUGGUAGUGUAAAGUUACUGUGUUUUUAAAUGCAAAUUCCACUUGUUCAUUGCUGACUUGUGUACUGUCUUAGUCUGAACUGUUAUAACAAAGCAACAUAGACCAGAUGGUACAUAAGCAACAGAUGCUUCUCACUGUUCUAGAGGCUGGGAAGCCCAAGAUCACUGUGAUGGCUAAUUAGGUGUCUAAGGGCCCUAUUCUUGGCUGCAAAAGACUGUUUUCUUGUUGGAUUCUCAUAUUGUGGAGAUUAAGAGCUCUCUGAGGUCCCUUGUAUAAGGUCACUAAUCUCCUUCAUGAGGGUUCCCCUCUAACACAGUCAUUGACUUCCCAGGGGCACCACCUCCACAUACCAUCCCUGUGGGUUAGAAUUGCACCAUAUGGGAUUUAGGUGGAUAACACAGUCAGCACAUUGUAUUAACCUUGUGUCCUUCAGUCUUGCUAUAAUCAUUUCUUAGUUCCAAAAGUUUUUUCUUUUUGACUCUGUGGAGUUUCUACAUAGACUGUGUAAUCUGCAAAUAAGACAGUUUUAUUUCUUGCUUCAUAAUGUCUGUCCUACUUCUUUUUCUUACUGCAUUAUCUAGGACUUCCAGUACAGUGCUGAACAAGAAUGGUGAGAAAAGACAUCCUUGCCACUGAAUUGUACAUUUUAAGAGUGGGUUUCAUGGGGGCGCCUGGGUGGCUUAGUCAGUUAAACAUCCAACUCUUGAUUUGAGCUCAAAUCAUGAUCUCAUGAUUGUGAGAUCAAGCCCUGCUUUGGGCUACAUGCUGGGUGUGGAGCCUGUUUAAGAUUCUCUCUCUCUCUCUCUCUCUCUCUCUCUCUCUCUCUGCCCCCUCCUUCAAACAUGAGAGUCCCCACCCACCACCCCCCAAAAAGUGGAUUUUAUGGUAGGGCAUAUGUUAUUGAAACAAUCAAGUAAAAACAUCGAAUAGCUUCAUGUUGAACUUAGGGGAAAAUAGUCUGAUAUCCUGACACUAUACUAUAAGGACUUGAGAUGUAAGUUCCAGAGGGUUGCUGGAGGGGUUAUGGGUGGGGGGGAUGGGCUAGAUGGGUAAGGGGUAUUGAGGAAGACACUUGUUAGAAUGAGCACUGGGUGUUAUAUGUAGGAGAUGAAUCACUGGAUUCUACUCCUGAAAUCAUUAUUGCACUAUAUGUUAGCAAACAUAUU